AUGAACGCGGAUAAUAGGCGAGGGGAGAUGGCGGACGUGAAGAUGCAGCUGGGUCAACUCGCGGGAAGCAGGGCGCCAGGAGCGGCGGAGAUGCGGCGAGAGCUCUUCAAGAAGGUCAUAUCGCACAUGACCAUCGGGAUUGACGUGUCGUCUGUUUUCAGUGAGAUGGUGAUGUGCAGUGCGGCAUCGGACCUGGUGGUGAAGAAGAUGUGCUACCUGUACGUCGCCACCUACGCCGCCACCAAGCCCGAGCUCGCCCUCCUCACCAUCAACUUCCUGCAGCGCGACUGCCAGGACGACGACCCAAUGAUCCGGGGCCUAGCCCUGCGCAACCUGUGCGCCCUCAGAGUGCGCGGGCUGGUGGAGUACCUCGUGGGCCCCCUGGAGCGAGGGCUGGGAGACGUGAGUGCGUACGUGCGGGCAGUGGCGGUGAUGGGCGUGCUGAAGCUCUACCACCUGGCGCCGGCUGUGUGCCGCGAGCAUGGAUACAUCGGCAUGCUCAAGAGGAAGCUCACAGACGACCCGGAUGCUCAGGUGGUGGCCAACUGUGUGAGCGCGCUACAGGAGAUACUGGCAGGGGAGUCGCUGGCAGAGGAUGGAGAUCCCGAGGCUGUGAGGGACCGCGACAUGCUGCACAGCCGAUCCGUCGUUUUCGCCCUCCUCAACCGUAUGAAGGAGAUGAGUGAGUGGGCGCAGUGUACGGUACUGGACUUGGCAUCGCGCUACACGCCCGCCCACCCAGACGAGGCGUUUGACCUCAUGAACCUGCUAGAGGAUCGCCUGCAGCACGCCAACAGCGCCGUUGUGCUCGCCACUGCCAAGCUCUUCCUCCAUCUCACUCUCUCCAUGCCUGACGUGCACCACCAGGUGUACGAGCGUAUAAAAACCCCGCUGCUCACGCUAGUGGGCACGUGCAGCACAGAGCAAUCCUACGCGGUCCUGUGCCACCUCUCCCUGCUCGUCUCGCGCUGCCCGUCUGUGUUCGCGGGGGACUACAAGCAUCUGUACUGCAAGGUCCGCGACCCGCCCUACGUGAAGCGACUCAAGCUGCAGAUGCUCACGGCUAUAGCUAACGACAGCAAUACCUAUGAUAUUGUGACGGAGUUGACAGAGUAUGCGGCAGACGUUGAUGUCUCAAUCGCACGAGAGGCCAUACGAGCGGUGGGGCAGAUAGCGCUGCAGAGCUACGAUGUGAACGGCAUUGUGGACCGGCUGCUGCAGUUCCUGGAGAUGGAUACCGACUAUGUCACUGCGGAGACCCUGGUGUUGGUGCGCGAUCUCCUGCGCAAGUACCCCCAGUGGGCGCAGGACUGCAUCGCCGUGGUGGGGUCGGUGAGCUCUCGCUCUGUCACCGACCCGCGGGCCAAGGCAGCGCUGGUGUGGAUGCUGGGGGAAUACGGCCAGCACAUGGGGGAUGCUCCUUACACGCUUGAAGGUUUUGUCAACUCGUGGGAGGAGGAGACGAAUGCCGAGGUGCGGCUGGAGCUGCUGACAGCCGUGGCGAAGCUGUUCUUCAAGCGCCCCCCCGAGUGCCAGAAGAUGCUGGGCGCCGUGCUCGCCCACGGGCUUGCUGAGUCGCAGCAGGACGUGCAUGACAGGGCGCUGCUGUACUACCGGUUGCUGAGGGCAGGAGUGGGUGUGGCAGAGCAGGUGAUCAACCCCAAGAAGCAGCCGGUGUCGGUGUUUGUGGACUCGCAGGGCAGUGAGACGCGCGACCGCAUCUUCGAUGAGUUCAACUCCCUCUCCGUUGUGUACCAAAAGCCCGCAUAUCUCAGCGGGUUCGACUCCAUAGACAGCCUGCUGGGCCUCGCAGCGCCGUCGCCAGCGCCAGGUGGCGGAGCGGGAUUGGAGGACAUGCUGUCAGGGGCGCAUGCGCCUGUGCGGCCGGCGCUGGUGCUGAGUGCCAAGGCAUCGUUAGAUGCACCGUCGUUCCAGCGCACGUGGAGCCAGCUGCCUGUCGCCGCUACCCUUGAGGAGAAGCUGCCUGGAACCUUCAUCACUGCACUGUCAGCGCCAGCCCCUCUGUUAAGGCACAUGGCCCACAGGAACAUUCAGUGCAUGGCAUCAGGCGGCCAACGCCCCGCUUUCCGAUUCUUCUUCUACGCGCAAAAGGCCGAUGCGGCGCCAGGUGGCAUGUUCCUAGUGGAGCUCCAGGUGAACACGAAUGCUGGCACAGCAAGCGGCAAGGUGAAGGGGGCGGCAGGAGCAGCUGACGAGUUUGCUGCCUUGUUUCGUGACGCCUUGCUCCAUCAGCCGUUCGGCACUGCUACGAGCGAUAUUUGCACGGAAAGUUUGAUUUUCACCAUGAGGCACGGUCCGACAAUCGUGAUUCUGCUGCUGCUGGGGGCAUUUCUUCUGGCCGCGCAGCCAUCCAUUGCAAGCCGCGCGUCAACUUGGCGCAACCUGAACCGCGCAUGGCGGGAAGGCGGCGAGAAUGAUCAUCUCGAGGCGCCCUCCCAGGAAAACUCCGGCACAUUCGCGACGCCAGCAGCGGACGGAUCCGCCGUCUACAUCGUUCGCCUGAGCACGGCGCCUCCCCUCUCCGAAUAUCGCGGCGGAAUCGCGGGAUACCCCGCGACGGCCACGUGGGACGACGGCAGCGACGAGGAGGACAGCGACGCCGUGGCGGCGUACGCGGGGCUGCUGCAGCGGCAGCAGGCGCAGGUGGCAUCUGAGGCGGGCGUACCCGAGGACGGGCUGCUCUACAGCUACAAGCACACGUCCAACGGCUUCGCCGCGCGCCUCACGCGGCGCCAGCUGUGGCGGCUGCAGCGCCACCCCGCCGUGGCCUCUGUGCGCGCCAGCCGUGUGUUCAGCCGGCAGACGAGCGACUCGCCGCAGUUUCUGGGGCUGCCCGGGAAGGUGUGGCCGGCAGUGGGCGGGCAGAGCAAGGCGGGCGAGGGAACGGUGGUGGGAAUCGUGGACUCGGGUAUCUGGCCCGAACACCCGUCCUUCAGCGAUAAGGGCUUCUCCUCGCAGCUUCCAGCGGGGUGGAAGGGCAAGUGCGAGCAGUCGAGCUCGUUCCGGUGCAACAACAAGUUGAUCGGCGCCAAGGCCUUCUAUUCCGGCUUCCAGCAGAGCAUCGGCCGGCCCGUGUUGACCAAUGACUGGCUCACGCCGCGAGAUGCGGACGGCCAUGGCACGUGGUGCGCUGGAGCAGCCGCGGGGAACCCGGUGAAUGUGAAGGGCGGCGGGCAGGUAAACGGCAUGGCGCCGGCAGCGCGCAUUGCGGCGUACAAGGUCUUCUGGACGGACGGCAACGGGGAAUUGACCGCGAUGGAGUCAGAUAUCAUCGCAGCCGUCAAUCAGGGCGUGGCGGACGGUGUGGAUGUGCUGUCGCUGUCUCUGGGCAGCAAGUAUCCCGAUCCCAACGACCACUAUUUCAACGAUCUCGCUUUCAUGCGCGCCAAUGCUGCCGGGGUGUUUGUCACCUUUGCUGCCGGCAACAAUGGGCCUCCCGGGCGUGGUGGGAACUACCGCACGCUUGACAACUUCGCGCCUUUCUACCUUACUGUUGGCGCCAGCAGCAUCGCUAGAGGCGGCGUGUCCCUCGUCUCCUCAACUGCCGGCACCCAGUCGCUCGCACUUGGCGCCACCAUCAGCAGCAACGGCACUGGCGGCGACUUCAAUGGUAACAGCACGGAUGGCACUGAUGGCACGGACGGCAGCAGCAGCAGCACGGUUCUGACUGCAGACGGGGGGAUCACCUUCACCUCCUCCUCCUCCUCCGCCCCGGUGGUGGCUGACUUCUCUUCCCGCGGCCCCCUGCUGCAGCCCUCCGCCACGGCCCAGCCGCCCAUGGCGGCGCUGAUGACGACGGCGCGGGUGACGGACACGAGCAAGAGCGCCAUCAAGAGUUCGACGGGUGGGGAGGCCACCCCGUGGGAGAUGGGCGCAGGCCACGUGUUCCCCCCGGCCAUGCUUGACCCCGGCCUCACCUACGACGCCCGCGACCGCGACUACCAGAAUUUUCUCGCCGGGCAGGACCUCAACCGCGCGAAAAAGGAGUUCCCAGGGGUGGCGCUCUCGCCUCUGGCUGUUCGGAACCUCAACCUGCCCACCAUCACUCUGCCUCGCCUGCAGGGCUCCCUGCAGGUCACCCGCACCGUCACCAAUGUGGGGCAGUCCAGGUCCACGUACAGUGUAUCUGGGAAGGCGCCGCAGGGGGUAAAGGUGACUGUGUCAUCUAAGUCCCUUACGCUUGCUCCCAGGGAGAAGGCCACCUACACGCUGACAAUCACGGUGGAUACCCCCAGUAAUGACGUACGGGUAUAUAGUGUGGGCCGACAACUUGGGCCAUAG